AUGAAAGAAAUCCUUAUAGUAUCAACAGACAAAGGUGGUAAAACAGUAGUAAUGGAGCAAACCGAAUAUAUCACUAAAAUUCAAGACAAAUUAAAUGAUGAAUCACUAUUUGAAAAAAAACUUAUAUCUGAAGAUCGUACACGAAUGACGUACAGUGAUAAAUUAGCUAAACUUAUUAUUACAACAUCUAUUCGAGCUGAUACAGGUCGAUAUUUAAUUCGUUUAGUUAAUGAUUCUAGUGAAGAAACUGGUGAUUGUGAAGUUAUUGUUCUUGGCCCACCAUCAAUACCACGUAGUUCAUUAGAAGUUAAAGGAGUUACAAAAUCGAGUGUUACACUUUCUUGA